GCUUGACGCCUUCAAACCAUCAUUCACAUCCACAACUUUCAAUCCCUCUCCAUCCAACUAUCCAACCUCCUCAUAACUUAGCAAUGGCCCCCACAAUCAAAGUCGGUGAUACCAUCCCUGAGGCCACCUUCAACUACAUCCCAUACACCCCCGAGCUCGAGAGCAAGCUUGCCUGUGGUAUUCCGAUCAAACUCAACACCUCCCAAUGGAAGGGUAAGAAAGUUGUGAUCUUCUCUGUCCCGGGAGCCUUCACGCCUACCUGCCACGUUAACCACCUUCCUCCCUACCUCGAGAAGUAUGAUGAAUUCAAGGCCAAAGGUGUCGAUGUCAUUGCCGUCGUCGCUGCCAACGACGCCUUUGUUUUGAGUGGAUGGGGAAGGUUCGAGGGUGUUGGGGACAAAAUCCUUCUGCUUUCCGAUGGAGAUGCCAAGUGGUCUGCCUCCUUGGGUCUUUCCGUGGAUUUGUCUUCUAUCGGUUUCGGUACCCGUACCGGCCGCUAUGCUCUGAUCCUUGACGACCUUGUUGUCAAAUAUGUUGAGCUUGAACCCGGCACCGACGUCACCGUCUCUGGUGCUGAGGCCGUCCUCGCCCAGUUGUAAAGGAGUUCCACUAAACAUGUACCAUUAAACAAUUUUUAGAACGCACUUGUGUUUUGUUAGAAGCCAUAACCCAAAAAAACUCUUUAUUCAGCUU